CUGAAAGGAAGUCUUAUACCGCGUUGUUCCUUCCAUACUCAGUUCGAUACGCUGGGCCAUGGAUGUUGUUACAAAGGUGGAAAACUGGAUCGCUAAUUGGAGCAAAGAGGGAGAGUCCGAACUUCGAAAUUUCCUCAUUUCACCUCACUCGAAUCCUUCCGACCCUAUUUGCGCAGAGGCUCUCACGACCGCCUACCAUGCCCUUCUUUUGUCUGUCCUCACAACCUGGCAGCCCAAGCAGAGUCCCUUAAAUGCGCAGGCUCUCGUAGCCUUUAUCCAGUCUGUCCUCCUUGCACUUCCAUCCUCCUCCUCUGCGCGUGCGGGUCCACCCGUGCAGAAUGCUCAACUGGACGAGUUCUUGUCAGACGCGAAGUCUACUUUAGUGAACUCUGAGCAAGCUUCUGGAGGCCAACAAGUGAAGGACCUCCCGAAUAAAGACACUACAGAUAUUGCAGAAAAUGCAGCUCAACUGCGGCAUUCCGUCGAACAAGACAAGGAAACGUUAAGCGAGCUCGUCAAAAGACUUCUGUUCACUGGCAUUGUUGAUCUCGCCGUAUGUCGAGAGCGCCUUGACUUGACUCUUCUUGCCAGUGCUGGUCUAGUUUCGGAUAGAAUGUCAUUUGACAAGAAGGAAAUACGCACUCGCACUGGACUUUUCUAUAAGCAGAACAAGUUCAACCUUCUACGUGAACAAUCUGAAGGCUACAGCAAGCUUUCGGUGGAGCUCACGAGUUCCUUGGGUCCUGCACACUCACAUGCUGAUGCUAGACCGGUAGAAAGCUAUGCCUCUAUCGAAGACCGUGCGCGCCAAGUUUGGGAAAAGGUUAUAAGUCUUAUUGGUUAUUUCGACCUCGACCCAAAUCGCGCCUUGGACAUUAUCUUGGAUGUAUUAUCGGUCAACGUGGCAACUCACUACACGUUUUUCUUGGCGUUGCUCUCAUUUUCUCCAUGGACUGGACUGUAUAGGCGUCCUACAAUGUCCACUGCUAGCCACAUGGCUGUCGAUCCCGUUACCGGGGAUAAGAGCCUGGAUGAAGUGUUGCAAGUCACCGAAGCAAAUGCCGGCGAUCAGUCGACACCACCUCUAGAAAAUGAUGGCGGCACAGAGUCUCGAGUGCUAGCACAGGUGCUUGGUUUCAAAUUCUCUCAUUACCAGUCAUCAGAGACCCAUGAAUCACCCCUGAGGAACCUCUAUCUAACUGCUGCCAUCUUGAUCAGGGAGGGUUUUAUUACCGUAGAAGAUCUUUACCCCCAUCUUACUCCAAGGGAUGUGGACGUUGAAACAUAUCAUAAAGAUUAUCUUGCCCAGGUUCAACAGCGCAUUUCUGAAGCCAAGAUUAGCCAGCUCGCCAUGGCAGCUCCUUUGGAGUCUUCUAGCUCAAGUUCGCAACCUCGUGUAGAACCUGCAGAAGUUAAGAAGAGCGCCAUCGAGUCCAAACCUCCUAACCAAAUUGCUGGGCUGGUCAACGGCCUUCUCUCUGUAGGAGCUUUGCGCCCGGCGAUCGCUAUUCUGACGAGGAUUCCUUGGCUUGUUGACGCUCACCCCGAGUUGGCCGAUCUCAUUUUGAGGGCUCUGAAGUAUUCUAUCGCUCCUCUGUAUGAUGCAACAUUCGUCCUCAAAGAACGCAAUCCGAGUUUUACACAACCUCGCACACGGUUCAGCGCUACUGGAACACUGGCAGUUCCAGUUCGUAAAUACCAGCUAUCAUUAAUAGCUCCCACUCCUCCCAGCACAGCAUCAGUCGAUUUCGUAUUUUUCUUCCCUGACUGGACCCAACGCAUCCCACUUUGCACUUCCUUCGACGACAUGGUGAAUGUAAUUGAGCCUUUGAUGAGUUUCAUUGGGCUGCACGUAUCGCGCGAUGCCUUGUUUGUCACGAAGAUUACGAGGUUGGGGCGCUCACAGCUGUUAUCCACUAUUCCCUUGGAUCCAAUUUCCAGAAAACCAUCAGGCGACCCCGACGUGAACAAUCCCGUUCGACAGUUUUGGUUCAAGCUUCUGCGGCUGUACUUUCUUCCUGCGCUCCCUCUCAUUCGAGGCAAUGCAGUCUGUACCGUUGACAUUUGGAACGUCAUUCGACAGUACGAGACGACUGCAAGAUGGAGACUAUACGGAGAAUGGAAAUCCGGCUACAUAUCUCAUCCUGAACUUCGCAUCCGACAAGUGCAAGCUGACCGUGAAAGCAAAGGCAUCUUGCGACGUCUUUCACAUAACACAAUCGAGACGCUAUCUGGAACAGUGGCGAAACUGGCUCAUUCGAAUCCUUGUAUCUUCUUCAUGAACGCCGUCAACCAGAUCAUGGCAUACGACAAUCUUGCCAAUGUCGUUAUACAAGCAUUGCGAUAUGUCACCAAUAUGGGAUUCGAUGUGCUCGUGUAUGUCAUCCUUGAGGCUCUAUCAAAUCCCAAUAAGAACCGUGUCAAGGAUGAUGGAGUCAACACUUCCGACUGGCUUCAAAGUCUAGCGUCCUUUACUGGCAUGCUUUUCCGGCGGUACAGUGCUGAUCUGUCGCCUUUGUUGAAAUACGUGGUUCACCAGUUGUACAAUGGCCAGACGACAGAGAUUGUCGUACUGCGGGAGCUGAUUUGGAAGAUGGCAGGCAUUGAACCUCUUCCGAGCCUUUCGGAUUCGCAAAUCGCUGCGAUGGCCGGAGGACCUGCUCUGAGAAUUGAAGCCGUUGCCUCAACGACUCGUGGCGCUCGCCUUGAUCCAGGUGACGCUGUCCUCAAAGGCCCACAACGGCUCGGGAAGACCAUGUUAGAGACGAAUCUAGCACUACCUCUCCUUAUCCAAGUGGCACAGCAGAGACAGUCCUGUGUUUUCAAAGCUCCUGAUGCCCACUUGAAGUCCCUUGCCAGUUUGUUUGAUACUACUCACGGUGUCCUGCUGCAAUAUUUGGAUCUGCUUACCUCGCCAGCCGUAAUUUUGCCCAAGGACUAUGCAACGCGGAUCCUGCCCAGCCUUGCAGAUCUUGGAGAAUUGUAUGGGAUAGCCCCUCCUAUCUGCAUGCAAAUCAUACGACCUAUGCUGAAUGCUACGAUACUGAGUGCUGCCCAGGAGAAGGAACGACUUGCUAAUGAGGAAGCGGAAAGGAGACUGAAAGCACGUCUUUCUGCGGCAAAGCGCGAGCCUUCCGCCACCACCCCUAGGGUGGAUUCGCCUACGGGAGUCAAUGGAACCAGCACUCCACGAGACACUGGUGAUCAGAAGUCGUCAGUUGACAGUGUAGCAGAAGAUGCAGUGAUGGAUGUCGAAGUGACUGCAGCAACUUCAGCUCCGUCUGAGAGCCCAUGGAUACCGGAUCUAGAAGCUCUUUUCGACGAUGUCAAGCAGAUUGCCAAGAACAGUGCUCUUGAUGUGAUUGGGCCCGGUUUUUACUUAACUUUCUGGCAACUUUCCAUGUAUGAUCUGGCGCCUCCAUCAACCCGAUAUGACGAGGAGUGCGCUGCUUUACGGACACUGAGCCGUCAAGAGGACUCCAAGUACAUAGCAGCUGACCGUUCUGCUGACAGAACGAAAAGGCUGUCAGCGGGCUCCCAUCGGGCUAAACGAGACAGAUACAAUGCUUUUGUUAACACGCUUGCUCAGGAGUUCAAAGAACAAGCUGCCUCGAGAGUGUUCACGAUGAAACGACUUGCCCGAGAGAAGCAUCAUUGGUUCGCCCACACCGAACAUCGCUCUUCGGUCCUGGCUUCUGCAAUCAUCGAGCAUUGCAUUCAACCGCGAUGCCUCCUAUCGCCUAUGGAUUCAGACUUUUGUGCACAAUUCAUCAAAGUCAUGCACACACAAGGGACUCCAGGGUUCCCUACUCUCGUGGUAUAUGACAAGUUGCUCGGGGACCAUGUGAAGGCGGUUGUCUUUUCCUGCAGCGAAUACGAAGCCAAGAACUAUGGGCGCUUUUUACUGGGGAUAUUGACGGAUCUCUGGAAGUGGGCUCAAGAUGAGCAGCUCUUUUUGAUCGAGAAUCGCACGAAAGUUGGCGGAAAGACUAUUCUGCUUCCGGGUUUCCAGCAUAGAUGGUCAAGUAAAGACCAUGCGAGUAUUGUUCCGGAUGACCUUUUGUCGUGGACCGGAUUCAAGCAGAUUCUCCGUAAAUGGCACCGAAAACUGGGACGAAGUCUUUUGAGCUGUAUUGAGACAACGGAAUUCAUGCAUGUCUACAACGCUAUCAUCGUGUUGAAAGAGAUCCUUCCCGUUUUCCCUCUUGCUGCAGUGGGCGACGCUGGACCUGCCAUUGACACCGUAAUGGAGAAGUUCCUGGAGAAGGAAGAACGUGGUGAUCUCAAGAUUCUAGGUCGAGCUUAUUCCGCGAGUCUGAAAAAGCGAGAGCCGUUCUGGGCAGUGCCAAAGCCAAUUGCAAGCAAGUCUAAUGGAGAUCCUAUGUCGCCGAAGCCAACAAAUUCAUUAGGUAUUCUUCCUGAGAGGCAAACUCGCACACCGGCUCCUCCUAACGGUGCUGCAACGCCUGUGGCAGAUCGAGUCAGCACUCCGGUUCCUCUCCUUCGUGCCAAUGGAAUGACCCCACAAACAAUCGUUGAUCGACCCUCCACACCAGCAACGUCCACCAGGUUAGCCAUUGACAGCAUUCCACGGCCAGAGAAAGUGAGACGAGUACGACCUGAGAAGGGUAGCGAAUCACCAGCUCCCGAUGGUGAUGCCAAGGGUGAACUGAAAGCAACGCCAGCUCCAAUCCUCGAACACAUUCUUCGCCCUACCCCUCGUCUCCACCCAGGUUCCUCCCAAAAUGUCCUUCCGUCUACUCCGACCGCUAAUCCUAAAGAUGCACCCAAAGCCCAGCGGCCAUCGCCGUCGAGUUCUACCCCAAAUGCGUGGGAACCUCCACACUCACCACGCCCUAGAACUGACGAGAAGCAGACACAACCGUCCCCAAGCGAGGCUAUGCCACCACCAUCUGCUCCAAGCCAGACGAUCUCGGCGCAAGAACUGCGCGAGACUGCCAAACAGAGUAUUGGCAAUCGCCCACCAGAUCGGGCCGAUGAUAAGCGAUCUCAGCCUGGCUCUGGUGCUCCAUCUCCAAUUUCUCGUCGCCGCACUCCUUCUCCUCCACCUCGUCCUGGUACAAGAACUCACAGCAUGGAGAGCCGCGCCAGUGGCCGACGUUCUGACCGUGGAAGUGGCGAUGGUGAUCGUCCUGAUGACAGGCCAUCUGACCGUGAGGCUCGGGUGGAGCCUCGUGCAUCUACAGGGCGUAAAGACGCUGCCACGCACCCCCGAAGUGAUAGAGGCACCCGAGAGCGAACAUCUACGCGAGACAGUGAUCGAGACAGAGAGAGUGAUCGAGACAGAGACUCUCGGCGGGACAGACAUGGUGAAAGGGAGCGCGACAGAGACAGAGAGAAGGAGCGGGAUCGGGACAGGGAAAGAGACAGGGAGAGGGAUAAAGACAAAGAUCGUGAUCGUCGUGACCGAGACAGAGAACGUGAUAGGGAUCGCGACCGUGAUCGCGACCGUCACCGCCGGGAUGAGAAGGAUCGUGACAGGGAUUCGAGGAAAGAUCGCGAGGUUUCCGGUCGUGGUCCUCCUUCUACCGCAGCUUCUGCUACCCUGGACACUCGUAACUUGCCCACUCGUCCCGAUCCCACAAGGCAUAGUAGCAGGGCACAAGUUGGUGAUGAUGCACUCGGCAAGAGAAGACGUCCUAUUGAUGACGAGGCCGACCGUAAUACCAAGAGGAGCUCCCGUAAGGAGGGACAUCGUGAAGAUCGCACUCGCAGGUCAGAGAAGGAGAGUCACGAUCGACCUCGGGAAUCCGAUCGGCGUCGAGAACGGGAAGCACCUGAGGCUGAACCACGCCACCCUCUAUCUGAACGACCUGGCGAGAAGCGAUUGCCAGAGGGUCCUAGAAAUUUACCUCCUAGUACACCUUCUGCACCACGGGCGAUGGCAUCUGGGGAUGCGUCCAGAACCAAACCUGAUAUUACUCCUAGCCGAAGUGGUGGGGACUGGAAGGGUCCGCGUGACCAUGGCUCACACACGUUCCCGGCCUCCACUAGUGGCGGGCUGAGCCAGGACGUGGCUCCAAGUUUACGUUCGCGCAUUGGCGACAAAGAGCCUCCCCGCACGACUCCUCAAGCACCGUAUCGCUCCGAAGCUCCGCAUAAGGACGAUGACCGCGAUAACAGAAAACGGACUCUAGCAGAUCGCGAUAAAGAUGUCGGUGAGGCCACCAUCUCUGCUGCAGGAGAACUCUCGUUACAGCCUCAGAAGCGGCUACGGAUCAAUCGUAAUCGGUACAAUCCCCAUGCCCUCCAGACUCAUGGUUUAGCCAAAAGGACCUUGCCUAUAGACCCACAGGCUGGGGACAAGUCUCGAUCCACACGUUAGUUUGAUUCCAGUUUGCCCUGCUAUUUGAGUUCUGCAGUAUAUAUCGUUACAUUAGUACAUUGUGCACAAAUGAAUCUGACUGAUGAG